UAGGUAACCGAGUAACGCAAACUUACACAAAGGGAAAAGUUUAACAGCGUGUUUUUGUGUGUGUACUUCGGUCAGACUUCUUUAGGACACUGUUUCGGUACACUUUGCAAUCCUACAAUGCAUUGCGCUUGAUAUUAUCAGUGGAACGCGUUUUAAUCUUAUCGAACAACCAUGUGACUUCAUAAAGUAGUCUGAUUUUCGUGUUUUGUUUUUUUUUUAAAAUAACGUGUCCUAGCCUGACACAAAUUUUAUAGUUCGUGCAGAAACAACACGUCUGAAACUUGAAUUGUGUAUCCAGGUUUGGAUCCAUUUUAACGUUUAUCCGUUAAAUGACGACACAUGACAGUGACACAUGCUCUUAGACCUUAACAACGCAAUCGAAAACGACCAAAAAAAAAAAAAAAAGCUUCUCUCUGGAGAAUACGAGAGAAAUCAUACAAGUAAACUACGGACAUGUUGUAGUUUUUGUAAUGGAAUUGUGUUUGCCCCUAUUCGUUUUGCUUGUAGUUUAAAGUUUGUGAUUUGAGAUUUGUGGCGUGCGUUUUUUUAAGAACAAGACGACACACUCGCGAGCUGGUUACGUCAAGAAAUCCGUGGAAGGUCCUCGUGCUCUCGGGGGUGUCGAGUACGCAAGGAUACAAGUAGUUUUAGUCCAUUGUCUAACUAGCAUAAAAGGAGGUCGAACCUAGCAUAAAACACAGUGGCUAAACUAUUCGAAACGAGCCUUUAAAACAACCCACCCGUAAAUAUUUAAUUAAAAAAACACCUGAAAAAAAGAUUACGAUGUCGUCCCAACGAAGAAAGUCCGAAAAUGUGAGAAAGAAAGUGACCAAGUCUGAGGACAACAUGUUACUUUCUGGAUUGUCACUCAACGUUGCCCACAUGGACAUCAAUCAGAAGACUUUGGAUAAGUGCAAGGACCUCACCGCCACCGAUUUAACAGAGACAUUGCUGCAGCAGUCGAGAACAAAAGAACAAACCAAUCUGAUCUGUGUUCUAAAGGACAGGUCAGAUGAACUGUUCAAGCAAUGCCAAAGCCUGCAGCAGGUCAAGGCCCAAUUGGAGAAGCAACUUGAGAGCUGUCAGAAAGAAGUUGUACAAAAGCAGCAGAGAGUGGAACUAGUGGAAAAAAGAUUUCUUGAUUUAGAUGCCAACAGCCGAGCGAUUAUCGUGUUCAUGGAAGAGUACAAGCAUCAGAAUGCGCAGCUGAAGCAGGAAAACAAGCGCCUGCAGACAGAAAAUGACACGCUUUUCUCCCAAAAGUUACAUGACAAAGAGGUGGCCGUUCAAAAGCUGACAAAGGAAAUCAAGGUUUUGACAGAAGAACUCACGACUAAGGAGAGUGCAUAUCAGGAGAAAAUCGCCCAAAGUGAAUCAACAUCGUCAAAACAAUCGAAAGAGCGUCAAGAGACAGAGGCAUCGUUACUUGAACAAUUGAGCAAAUCUCAGCAGCAGCAUGAGUUCGCAGAACAAAUGUGGAAAUCUGUCAAACUGAAACUUCUAAAAGCCGAGGAGCAGCACGCGUUGAAGGAAGCCACGAUGAGCAAAAGCAUUACAAAUCUCACCAAAGAGAGAGACAAACUGCUGCGUACCUCUGUGGAACAAGAGAAUGCCUUACAGGAGAAACUAGAAGAACUCCGGCUUCUGGAACAGCAAUAUAAAGAGCUGAAGAGAGCCCAGACAAAAGCAGAGGAAAGGUUUAAACAGGAAGUACAGGCAGUUAACGCAGAUAAACGAGUCAAGUCGCUCAAGUCUGCCCUGGAAGAAGCCAGGACAAACUACGAGAAGCUUAAAAAGGAUUUUGAGGCAUUCAAAGAUCACAGCAACAGUCUCCUUACUAAGGAAAGGGAGCUAAAUAAGAUACUGCGACACUUGAGGAGCUAAACUGUCAGGAUUUUGAAAAUCGCUCCCCCGCCAAUUAAUAGUGCACAAAAAAAAAAAAAAGACCGAGAAUGAGCAUUGCUGUAUCACAAUGUCAUUUUAAUCUCAUUUGAAGCUUUCCAGAGCAAUACAAGCAAAGCACAACAUACUUAGCGUGACAGGUCAGAAGUUGCUGAAAUAGAAAUUAUACUGUACAAA